AUGACAACCAAACCCAAUCGACCAAGAGGCUCGUCCAUUGUCUACCCUGCAUUGGGCAUCACAGAAAUGAUGCCUGACUCAUCAGAGAACGACGGUCGACAGCAGGCCAGCGUUGAAACGCCACUGCUUGGAGAUGGAGCAUCGUCGCCCAAUGGCAACUACGACAGCACAGGAGGCUUUGGUGGCGCCGUUAGCCAGGAACACGACCUGGAGCUGCGGCCGGUCGCGUUUGCCCACAAGUUUGGAGCAAAGGAGGCCUUUGCCAUCAUUGUCUCCAUCGUCAUCGGCAGCGGCAUCUUCACUUCGCCGGGAGCAAUCGACGCCAAUGUCCCGUCACCGGGCGUAGCCUUGUCGGUAUGGCUGGUAGGUGGUCUGCUGGCUUGGACUGGCGCCAGCACCCUCGCUGAGCUGGGGACCGCCAUUCCUGGAGAAGGUGGUGUCCAGGCCUACCUGAGCUACAUUUUUGGUGAUCUCUUUGGUCACCUCGCCGCCUGGACCUGGAUCUUUGGCGUUAUGCCCGUGACCCUGGCCAUUCUCUGCAUCGUCUUCAUCUCAAACAUCCUGGCUGCUUUCAACCUGACAGAGACGCACAACAGCGACAUCACAAAGAUCUUUGCCUUCCUCCUAGCCACCGUGACCUGCGCAAGCACCCUUCUAGGCUCUGCGCGGAUCAACAAGCUCAACUCUUUCUUCGUCAUCGUCAAGCUGUUGACGGUUUGUCUAGUUGUCACUGCCGCCCUGACGGUGGUGCUACUUGUCUUGAUCGAUCCGAGCAAGAACGACACCGUCGGAGGCCAGGACUGGCGCGAGAGGAACUGGUUCGCCAUCCGCAACUCCCCGACCACCGAGUGGGAUCAGCUUGGCGCAUGGGAGAUGGUUGGUCGUUUUUCCGCCGCCCUGUACGCAGCGCUUUGGGGGUAUUGCGGGUGGGACAAGGCUGUCUACGUGUCUCCGGACCUGCGGAACCCGUCUAAGCAGCUGCCGAGGGCUAUCAACACUGCUCUACCGACCAUAAUCGUGUGCUUCGUGGCAGCGAACGCGGCAUACUACGUUUUGCUCCCAUGGAUUGUUGUGCCGAGCAGCGACACCGUGGCAGUGGACGCAUUCUCUCGGUUGCUCGGCCAGUGGGCAGGGUUUGCCUCGACAGUUCUCGUCUGCACCAUAAUAUUAGGCUCGCUGGUCGGAAACACAUUCAUCACCAUCAAGAUGACCCUGGCAGCCGCCAACAGGGGCUACCUUCCACAGGCGUGCGGCGGGGUCGAAGGCGAAGACCCCGUCGUGGCAACGGUCAUGGCACUGGUCCUGUCCGCCGUGUACAUUGCCGGCGGCUCGUUCCGCUUCCUCGUCCUCUUCAACGGCCUAGCCGAGUACAGCUUCUUCUUCCUGGCGGCCAUCGGCGCUCUCGUGCUGCGGAAGCGCGAGCCGGACCUGGAGAGGCCCUACAAGACUUCGAUCGCGGGCCCGGUGGUGUUUGCUGUGGUCAGUGGGUUCGUCGUCGUCAGGGGCGCCAUCUUUGCGCCGGUCCAGGCCGUCUGUCUGGUCGGGCUCUGGGGGAUCUCGAGCGUGGUCAGACUUUAUCAGACGCACCUGUGA